AUGGCAUUUAGAUAUAAGAAUUGCUUUCGUUGGAUUAGAAAUAUGAGCAACUACGUCAACGGAUCGCCAUCACCAUCAUCUCAUGAGUUUGAAAAGCAUCUACUCAAAGAGAUUGAGAGCGUUAAGACAGACCAGCUCAAUAAACGUAAGAGAAAGCAGAUAGAAUCCUCCUCGAAAUCGCAGAAGACCAAAGCCCAAACUAACGAACUUCGUGAUGAGAAUGGUUUCAAAUUGAGAGUAGUGGAGGUUAACAACAAGAGAAGCCGACAAGUGGAUCCUGACUACGAAGUUGUCGUUGAUGGUCCACUAAGAAGAAUUACACCAUACUAUUUCACCUACCAGACAUUUUGUAAAUUGAGAUGGAGGGAUAGAAACCUUUUCGAAGUGUUUUGUGAUGAAUUCAGAGACAGAGACCAAGAUUACUAUAGGAAAACUAUCGCCGGUGGAUCAGUCUAUUUGAAUGACGAACCUGCCAAUUUGGAAAGUAUUAUACGCAAUGGUGAUUGCAUUAGACACAAGAUUCAUCGUCAUGAGCCACCAGUCACAUCAAGACCUAUUAAAGUUGUUUAUGAAGAUGAAAAUCUUUUAGUGAUCGACAAGCCAAGUGGUAUCCCAGUUCACCCCACAGGGCGUUAUCGUUUCAAUACUAUUACAAAAAUAUUGGAAAAGAAGCUAGGGCGUACAGUUCACCCCUGUAACAGAUUAGAUAGAUUGACAAGUGGACUUAUGUUUAUGGCCAAGACGCCCAAAGGUGCUGAUGAAAUGGCAGAUCAGUUAAAGGCAAGAGAAGUAACUAAAGAGUACGUUGCAAGGGUUGUUGGCGAAUUCCCUGUAGGUGAAGUCGUUGUUGACAAUCCAUUGAAAUCUUUAGAACCGAAACUGGGACUUAAUGUCGUAUGCGGCAUGGAUGAAGAAGGUGCUAAACAUGCAAAGACUGUUUUCCGUAGGGUUAGUUAUGAUGGUGAGACCAGUAUUGUGAAGUGUAAACCAUUGACAGGUAGAACUCAUCAGAUUCGUGUUCAUUUACAAUACUUGGGACAUCCAAUUGCUAACGACCCAAUAUAUUCUAACCUCAAGGUUUGGGGACCAAACCUUGGUAAAAAUGGUGAAGCCGAUUAUUCACAAGUCAUUGAGAAAUUGAAUGCAAUUGGCAGAACCGAAUCUGCCCAAAGUUGGUACCAUAGGGACUCUCAGGGUGAAUUACUAGGGAAUGAGAAAUGCCCCCAGUGCGAGACAAGUCUUUUUACAGAUCCGGGCCCCAGCGAUUUAGACUUAUGGUUGCAUGCGUAUUUUUACGAAUCUACGGAAUUGGAUCCAACUACUGGUGAUAAAAAAUGGAGUUAUUGCACUGAAUUCCCAGAUUGGGCCCUUGAGCCACACCGUAAAUACAUGAAAUUAGCACUGGAACAAGCUGCUAAAUGCGGACCAACGACAACUGCAUUCAGCGUAGGUGCUGUUCUCAUCAAUGGCACUGAAGUGAUCUCAACAGGAUAUUCAAGAGAAUUACCAGGAAAUACCCAUGCUGAACAGUGUGCUUUGGAAAAAUAUUUCAGUAACACAGGCUCAAGUGAGCUACCAGAAGAUACAAUCAUCUACACAACAAUGGAGCCAUGCUCCUUUAGACUUUCUGGCAACGAUCCAUGUGUUCAAAGAAUUAUCAAUACUAAUGGAAAAAUCAAGACAGUCUUCGUUGGUGUCCUAGAGCCUGAUACUUUUGUCAAGAACAACUCAAGCCGUAGUUUACUGCAAAGACACGGUAUUGACUACAUAAAAAUUCCUGGAUAUGAAGAAAAAGCUACAGAACUGGCCACUAAAGGACAUGAAAAGACGAACUAG